CGGAGUUUUUGGGUCCGUUUCUUGUAAAUUAGAUCAUCAGCCAUGCCGCAGAUCACAAAGAAGAGAAAGCGCAGUACGCCAUCGGCUGGCAGCUUCAAAGAUGUUCGACAAAAGAUUCGUAUGCUGGAAGCCAGUUUAUCAGACAAGUCGAAUCUGAACAAUUUGGUGGAAAUCCGUCAGUUUGCCCAGAACGACGAUGCGCAAAUCGUGCAUGCAGCUAUCCAUUCGCUGCACCGUGUGUUUACGAGCCUUAUUACCAAAGGCGAAAUGAGGAAACCGAAAUCGGUCGAACUCACCGCCAAAGACAAAGUGACCAUUUGGUUGCGUGAACAGUACUUUGACUAUCAAGACCGGCUACGAGCGCUUCUCGCCCAUGAGGAACCGGGAUUGCAGAUUCCCGCUCUCAACAUUCUCAUGACGCUGCUUAAAACCGAGUCGGAAACAUUGACCUUGUAUUCGCAACGUUAUGCUUUUGCCAACGAUUUUUACGGUCCCAUUGUGAAUGCGAUCAUCCGCAACCCGAAUUUCAGUCAACCCUUGCGCAACGAAUUGUUGGAAAAAUAUUUAAACGUGUAUGAUGAUUUACGGCAUUACCUUUACAAAGAUAUUGCUGAGAUUCUUGGAAAAGAGUCGAGAAAUGCUCUUUUGGAUACCGUCAAGAGUUCGAGCAAAAAACAGAAAACAAGCAAGGGAACCAGCACGAAAACAGAACAAUCAUUAAUCGCCAACAAUGCGUUUUCAAUCAUCGAGGCGAUCCGUACCAUGCCCACAGACGCAUCCGAGAUUGACGAAUUCUGGACUGGACAACCUGAGGGAGCUAAAAAAUCAAAGGGACGAGAGGGGGAUCAAGACAAUGAAGAUGACAUGGAUGAUCUCUUGGGUGGCGGUUUGUUAUCUGAAGAGGAAGACGAAGAUGCGUCUGACAAGAAAAAGACGAGUGCCAAGUCCAAGCCAAAGACCCAUCCGCUUUUGCAGCUUCGAGUCCAUCAACGCAGUUUCUCGGAAUGCUGGUUGGCAGUUCUCAAAUUACCGUUGACAGAAGAGAUUUACAAAAAGACAUUGCUGAUUUUGCAUAAGCGCGUGUUACCUCAUCUCGUGGAACCCAAGUUGCUGAUGGAUUUCUUGACGGACUCGUAUAAUGUGGGAGGCGCCACCAGUCUGUUAGCUCUAAACGGUCUCUUCACGCUGAUCACCGAACACAAUCUGGAUUAUCCCGACUUUUACCACAAACUGUACACUUUAUUAGACCGCAACAUCAUGCAUGUCAAGUUCCGUUCCCGAUUUUUCCGUUUACUAGACAUUUUCUUAUCCUCUGCAUAUUUACCCGCUACAUUGGUGGCAGCUUUUAUCAAACGGCUAGCACGAUUGUCGUUGAAUGCACCACCGGCGGCAAGCGUUAUCAUUAUUCCAUUCAUUUACAAUUUGCUGAAACGACAUCCCACUUGCAUGAAACUUAUCCACAGUCAUGAAGCGAUUGGCCAAGCCGAGGAUCCUUACCGAUUUGAAGAAGGCAAUCCCUACGAAGCCAAAGCCUUGGAAUCGUCCCUGUGGGAAGUUCAGACCCUUGCCCAACAUUACUAUGCCAACGUCGCCACCUUGGCCAAGAUCUUUUCCGAGCAAUUCUUGAAACCCAAAUACGUGCUGGAAGAUUUCCUCGAUCACACUUAUGCCACGGUAAGGCGACCUCAUCAUGCGUUGAAAAAAAAAAAAAAUCAUUGGAAACUAAUACUUUUUUUUUCUGAUGCGUACAGUUUUUCAGAAAUGAAAUUGAUCGCAAGCGAAAGAAGGAACCGGCAUUGGCGAUAGAAAAACCUGGAGAGUGUGCCUGGGAGAUUUAGAUGAACAUAAAACAACCUGUAUUAUUACGCUGUUUCCUUUUUUUUUAAUGCUGUGGGUCCUUUGGGUUGUGCAGGAUGUGCGGGGGUGUGGAAGUCAUCUGGGUGAUAGUGAUGGUUGCAAGAGAAAUGAGAUACG